GGCGACGUACGGACGGCGGCGGCGGCCGUGAUUUCAUGUGCGGUGGUGGCAAGGUGGCGAGCCCGCCGGGACCACGACUGCCGCGGCUCGCCGGCGCCGGCGGCGAGGAAGAAGAGGAGGAGGCGGCGGCUGGAAUGCUGUCGAGGCAUGGACAGGCGAGGGAGAUGUCUGUGAUGGUGUCCGCGCUGGCGAGGGUGGUCGCCGGCGGCGGCGGCGGCGAGGCGGAGGAGUGGUGGCCGCCGGCGUACGGCGCGGCGCCGCUGCCACCGUCUACUUCCCCUGCAUCUCACGAGCACGCAGCAGCCAUGGCGGCAGGGCAGUACGCGCCGGCGACGUCGUCGGCGAUGGCGUCACCGCGCGAGCAGGCCUCCUCGCCGUCGUCCGGCGACGCCGCCGGCGGCGGCGGCGGCGGCGGCAGGAAGCGGUACCGCGGCGUGCGGCAGCGGCCGUGGGGGAAGUGGGCGGCGGAGAUCCGCGACCCGGUGAAGGCGGCGCGCGUGUGGCUCGGCACCUUCGACACCGCCGAGGCCGCCGCGCGCGCCUACGACGACGCCGCCCUCCGCUUCCGCGGCUGCCGCGCCAAGCUCAACUUCCCCGAGGACGCCGCGCUCCUGCCGCCUCCGCCUCCGCCUCCUGCGCCGGCGCCGGCGCCGCCGCAGUCGCAGGGGAUGGUCGGCGUCGGCGAGGAGUACUCCGAGUACGCCAGGUUCUUGCAGGGCGCCGGCGAGCCGCCGCAUUUCCUCGAGCAGAUAAUGGAGGACUCGCCUCGGCCAUCGACGGCGGCCGGCGCGUCGUCGUCGUCGUCGGGGCAGUCGUCGUUUCCGUUGUUCUACAGCUUCGCUGGACAUGAGCUUGGCGGCAACGAAGCGAACCUUGCCCGCCCGCCGGAGAGCGGCGGCGCUGGUGGUGACGGUGGGAGGGGCUCCUCGCCGCCGGUGACUUGGCCGGGCUAUGGGUGGGGUGCGCCGCCGCCGUGGGACCCAUCGAGAUAGCGCGCGAACGAAGGAUGGGUUUGGAGUUUGGACUAUCUCCACUCUCCACGUGUAGCCACUGUAGCACCGCCACGUCUUUUGCCAAUUUAAAUUUCCCGCCGGAAAUUCUCUACACGUUCGUUGAUUCAUCUUGAUUUGUACUCCUACUUAAGUUAAAAUUUUGUUAAAUUAGAACAAAGCAAGUUUUUUUAUCAAUUACAUGCAUGGCAGAUUGGCAGAUGAAAA